AGGUAAACGAGAUGUUAUACCGUCACUUGCAUACGGACGCACUGAAUGAAAAGCAAACAUUGAACUCGGCGACAUAAUAAAGUUUCACAAGUAGAGCCAAUAGGAGAAUCGAUCUCGCCUCCCCAUGUCUCCUAAAAAGUGAUGAGCCUCCGCAAUGAUAGCAAAAGAUGAGAGACGCGCCUUCCACUUCUACUAUUGAUGUGAUGUUUAAACUACAGCCUUCAUGUUGACGGCAGCAUUUCAACUAGAACAUACCUUUCCAGCUUAUGCAAAACAAAACAACUCAUUCUUCCACCCAUAAGAUGCGACUCUUCGAGCUCAUCACUUUCAUUGCUUAUCUCUCAUCAGCCGCCAUGGCCAGAACUCACAACUUCUCGGAGCGCAUCGGGGGAAACUGCGACAACCCUGCGUUCAAAGCCCACGAGGCCCUCAGCACCCCUCGAGGCGCAUGCCCAGCCUCCUUUUAUCCCAUUCUCCUGCAAAUGACAAAAUGUGCAUUCUUUCUCUCCAACAGGCGUCCGGGGGAUGUUCCUGCGUAUCCCAGCAAUGGCGUUCCCUCGCUCCAGCCUGACCCAUCAGACGCAUGUGACUUUUGGAAGAAUGAGAUGAUGACUGACGUGAGGAAAUACAGUGUCUACCUGGCGGCGUUUCCUGACCUCGGCGAGAAGGCAAAAGAAGAUCCUUCGUUUCGGCACAAGUUUUCCAGACUCAAGUAUUCCAAAGAGUAUUCCAAUGGAAAACUCAAGUAUGCCAAAUUCUAG